AUGAUAAAUUUACUGGAAUUAGAUCUUGAAAAACUCUAUGAAGAUAGCUCCGAUCCAUCUUUAGAGGGCACACAACUCUGUCCAGGAGAAAAAGGACCAGCCGGAGAUUGGCAACUUGGCAGCGAGCUUUAUCAUAGCAUCUUGGCUCCUCGACAGGGUGAAACUAGUUCCAAGCUAAUGUUUGCUAGUGAGUUGGCUCUGUAUCGUGCUGGUAAGAUCGAAUGGCGAGGUGCAAGUUCUGAAGCUGUCGGCAAAACAACAAGUGGGCUCGCAGCAGACGGUUUGUUGUACGAAGCGCAGCUAGAAGAAAAGCAGCUCAAGACAAAUGAAGCGAUUGAUAUGCACGGUAAGGCGAACGCAGAACAUGGAGAUGUAAAUCUGUCACCUCAUAGUGAUAGUCUGUUUGGAGCUUACAAAUUCAGGGAAAGGAGUGUUAAACAUUAG